ACUAUCGAAACACAAGUCUGAGACAAACAAUGAAAGAGCCUUAAAAUGUCACGCAUUACCGUCUCUAUUUGCGUCUCCUACUGAGCUGAAACGGCGCGUGGAGAACAUUUAAAUAUGGUUGAGGGUAUACGGUGUCGUGUGGUUAAAUUAAUUUAUCAAGUUUGUUCUCGUCCUUGCAUCCAAGCACUCAGAAACUCUCUAAAAAACCCUACACCUAUAUAAACCAUUUGUUUCCAUCUCAGUUGAGAAAUCGCUGACAGACAUAGAGCCGAUCGACCAUGUCGAAGCGAGGAAGGGGAGGGUCGGCAGGGAACAAGUUCAGGAUGUCGCUGGGUCUCCCAGUGGCAGCAACUGUGAACUGCGCCGACAACACGGGAGCUAAGAAUCUCUACAUAAUAUCAGUCAAAGGAAUCAAAGGCCGCCUCAACAGACUGCCGUCUGCAUGCGUGGGGGACAUGGUUAUGGCCACCGUCAAAAAAGGAAAGCCCGAUCUCAGGAAGAAAGUCAUGCCAGCUGUCAUCGUCCGCCAGCGCAAGCCCUGGCGCCGAAAGGACGGCGUCUACAUGUACUUCGAAGAUAAUGCGGGUGUGAUUGUGAAUCCGAAGGGGGAAAUGAAAGGAUCUGCUAUAACUGGACCAAUUGGAAAGGAGUGUGCCGAUUUGUGGCCAAGAAUUGCAAGCGCUGCCAAUGCUAUUGUCUGAGAUUGAAAUUUUUUUAGGAGAAGAAUUUUUAUGGUCGCUACUGGCUAUGGCAAACAUGAUGAUAGCUUUUGCUGUAACUUUUGCAGCUGCAUUACGCUUGAUAUCAAAAUGAAUUCAAAUUUGUCUCUGCGAUCCCAAUUGACCUUGCAAAUUUGGGAAAAAAAGAAACAAACUUUUACCUGGUUUGUAUGUUAAAUUAAUUGAAUUCAUAGUAAAACAAGAUGGAAAUUGCCCACAAACAUCUUUAUAAGGAACUCUGCAAGUGCAAGCACUCUGUUGAUUCUUUUUUGGAAACCUCCUUAAUGGUAGAGGUCAUUUUGUGAUUUUCUUAGGAAGAAUAGCGUUUGUCAAUGGUCAGGUCAAUCUCUCAGUAAUAGAAACGAUUUGAACUGGGGAAUGCAGACAAACGAAAAUAAUGGAAAAGGAAACUAUGUAUAAGAUUUGAAAUAUUAGUACUCAAGAUUGAUUUGUUAAAUGCCAA